AUGUCUUCCCGUCUGGCCAUCUGUUUGUUGGCCAUCUCCGCCGCUUCCAUGGUGGCGGCCGAAGAGCCGACGAAUGCAACCAAAGAGGGGGCUGGAGAAGGGCAUUAUUAUGGGAUCAGCAAUGCCUACUACCCUCCUUAUGGACCUCCUCAGUACAACUAUGAGCCUGUCUUCGAGCACAAGCCUCUGUAUGACAGUAAGUUUGUCUUUUGUAAUUAAUUUAAAUUUUAUUUUAUUUAUUAAUUAAUUAUCCAUUUUUAGCCCAUUACUGCUCAGUCCAUGGAUCUUUUGCCUUGACUUUCUCCGAUUUGGGUGAGUUACAGUAAUCCCAACGAUCUACAUAUUGUUAUAUUAAUCUCACUUUGCUAUAAUCGUUCUUUUUUUAGCCCCAGGAAGCUACAAUGUAAACCAAGGUGGAUAUGGAGCCCCUCCAGCAAAGAGAAACCGCAAAUACAUCCGGGAAUACUGCAGAUUCUCGGCCUCCAGAUCUGACAUCGCCUGUCAUUUCUGUUGCCAAGUGGUCGCCCGAUCAGCCUACACCAACAAGGUGAAUGAGCUGACAUUUAUUUUUACUUUAUAGAAAAAUAAUUUUAAGACUUUGAUUUUAAUCAUCCGUAUUUUAGGAUGACAUCAUCUCGGCAAUCUUUGCUUUUGACCCAGCCAACCCAACCAGUGGCGGAGCUGGAUAUCCAGACCCAGAACAACCAGACUACAAUGGCUACGGACCUCCACCUCCAGCUUACGGAGCUCCUCCACCAGCCUAUGGCCAGCCUCCCCCAACUCCAUCGUAUGGCCAAGGGGCCCCACCUCCACAAUACGGACAACAACCAUACCGGCAGAAGAGGGUAAGUUGGAUUGCGAGGGUUGUUGUAGAGGAGAAUAGGACCUGCUUUCCAAAUAUAGAGAGUCAAAGGGACCAAAUGCAGGGAAUUGCUGAUGGGUUGAUUGUUAGAGGAAAUUGAUUUCUUUACAUAAUUUUUAAUAGAGCUUCCUUUAACCAAAUUUAAAACCAUUCAAUUGGAUUUCGGUUUAUGAAUGUUUUGGGAUCUAAACUUUCGAUUAGCAACGCUCAUCAACCAAAAAUAAGAUGUGAAAGUUUUCAUUUUGUUGCCAAAUCUUUUUUGAUGACUUUUAUUUUACUUUUUUCCAGCAAUCGGACGGUUCCCCUCCAGCCCCACCCCCAGGCGAGACCUACCCCGUCGACUCGAACCCCCCUAUCGCUCCCCCAACCCCAAGCCCAUACAAACCCAUCAACCAAUGCGUCUGUUGUGCUCCCAAACACAAGUAA